UGAUAUUUGAUAUCCAUCAGAGGUGGCAGUAGCAGUUUCCGCCGGCUACCGAGCACUAGUCAAGAAAAAGGAGAGUAGAAAUAAAAAACUGCAAACAUGGAUCCACAGACCUUUCUUGACAUUGCUACAACAGUAACAAAACUGAAGAUGUAUCCAUAUUUCGAUAUAGCCCAUUUUAUGUUGAUGUGCAUGGCGGUGAGAGAUGAUAUCCCACAAGGAACUCCAGGUUCUCCAAUAUUUUCACGUAAACAUCCGUUAUCGCUAUGGUUAUCCAGUAUGUUACUAUGUUUUGGUGGAGGUAUUAUUGCCAACUUGCUACUAGGGGAACCACUGAUAGUACCUUUAAAAGACCACAGAGCUAUUCUUACAGCUUCAGCUGUAUGGUAUUUAGUAAACUACUCUCCAUUUGAUAUAGUGUAUAAGGUAGCCAAGUUUCUUCCAUUUAAACUGGUAAUCUGUGGUCUAAAGGAGGUACAGCGUUCACACAAAGUGUACCAUGCAGUUGUUCAUACCAUGAAGCUAUAUCCAAAUUCAUAUUUAGUUAUAGUACUCAUAGGAACUCUCAAAGGUGCUGGUAGUGGAUUUAUGAAGAAUUUUGAACGGUUAAUCAGAGGCUUUUGGAUUCCUGGAUCCAAUGAAUUACUUCAACCUUCAUUCACCACCAAAGCUGUAGCGGUGGCAGCCACUGUGUUCUUGCUGGAGAAACUCAAUUACAUCACUGCACCACAUCCACUUGUUUAUUUCGGAGUUGUCAUUUUCUUUGUCUACUUCAAACUGUCUGCCAUAUUGUUAGGUAUCCAUGAUCCAUUUGCACCAUUUGAGAAUCUUUUCUGUGCCAUAUUUAUGGGAGGAAUGUGGGAUGCCAUGAGACGAGCCGUUACUAAGACGGAAACCAAGGAAGAAACUGAUGUCACAACAAAGACCAAGGAAGACAAAAAGAAUGACUAAGGACUUGUAGGAAAAAAAUGUUUUUGCCAAACUAACCUGUAAUUGCUUGAUAGGUGCAUAUCUUCUGUUAUAACAUUCCUAUUGAAACCACAAAAACUGAAUAAAAAUAGUAAAAACAUGUAAAAAAAGAAUUAAAAAAAAUUACAAAACAUGUGCAACAUAUAAAGAAAAUGCUUGUAGCAAUUAAUUCAGAAACAAGAAUUAAGUAAUUGAAGGCAAUUAUACACAGAGUAGCAUCAUUGAAAGAAAUAUCUUUUAGUUUGAUGUGGUUGAGUUUUAGAAAGUAAAACUUAUUCAAGACUCUGUUUUCUACGCACUUAUUGUCUCUAGGGCUAUUUUACUUUUUUUAAUGUUUAUAAAUGUUCAUGUACGAACAUUUUGGCCAAUAGGAAUCAACAGAAAGAUUCUAUUGAGAGCUAGUAUUGUCACUUAGUUUGGAACCCAGUAGUUGCCAUUCCUUGUGUGAAAUGUAAAACUUUUAGUAUUGUUGUGAUAUUUGUUCAGUAUGAGAUUUAUGAAAGGUUCAUGUGAUCUGAAUCAUAUUAUAUCUGGAAGCUGAAAUUUGUUUAUUGUAACCUAAACACAUUUGAAAUGUCGCAUUCAAUUGUAUGAUCCUCAUCCUUUUUUUUCACACAAUUUUUGGUAUAUUAUUUAUAGAUAAUAUUGAACUAUACUUCAGGAGUAUUUAACAAUAGAUGUAGUUAUAAUGUGAAAUCAAAUUUAUAUUUAGAAAAGAUGUAAUCAAAUAUAGAGGAUUUUUUUAUUUGACAAUCAGUUUUGAUAGUUUAUAGAGUAGAUACAUAACAAUAAAUCAAAUUAAGUACUUUUAAAAAAACUUCAAAUUUUACAAAUAGAAAAGACCAUGCCUGUUUGGUAUUUUUUAACAGGUCAGUUAAAUGGCCUAUAAUCUUGUAUAUUAUUUAAGCUUGACCGUGAAAUAUUGUUUGAUUCCUACCUCAUGUAUAGCAUUAAUUCUAGGUAUUAGAUCUGUCGAUGUAUAUUUACAGGUAUUCUGACAAGGGGUUAAUUUUUCUUUAUCAUUUUUUUGGCAGAAAAGAAGCAAUUUUAAAGAUCAGCAUAGGCUAUAGCUCUAAAACAUUAGAUGCAAGUGAUCUAUCAAGGCAAUUAUCAAUGUUCUACGGAACUAUAACAAACUUCUAGUCAUUUAUAUAUCUAUUUUUGAACAUUUUAACCACAAAUAUAGAAAUUUAGGUGCUAAUCAUUAAACCAUGUAAGCAGUACUAAUAACUAUAAGAUAUUCCAUCGUUGAUACAUAGAUUAUGCAUUAUGAUUCAAAAGCUUUAUAGAUAGCAAAUUAAAUGUUAGUUGUAAAAGUAUAUUAUUGUCAUUGUAUUGUUGAAAUCAAAUUUUAAGAGCAUAUUUUUUUCUCAAUCUAAUGCAUGUUGUGUGAAAAUAUUUGAAUGGAUGCUUUGUUACAUUAUUUUGAUAAAUACACUUUUUAAAGUUGGGUAAAGCAUAUAAAAAAUUGCUUCAUGUUAAAUGGUGUGUAUGUUUUGUAUAGAAAUAACAUUAUUUUCAUCAUAUUCAUCCUAAAUUAAGAAUAAGGAAAAUGUAAUUAGAGGUUGAAAGUGGUCACUAGUGGCAUCAGGUGAAGCAUCACUAAUUCUUUUGGAAAUUAAUUAAACGUGUGCCAUGCUUUCACUUCCAUAUAUAUAAUUUCUUCUUAAAUUUUCUGAUUAAUUGGUAUACAUAUUGGCCAUUUCUUGUAUGGUCGUUGCACAUACAUCUAUUCAAUAAUGAAUAAACCCCAUUGUAUUUUACUUUAGUUUCUGUCCUGAUUUAACUCGAUUUUCUGUCCUGAUUUAAUUUGAGUUUUUGUCCUGAUUUAAAUUAGAUUUUGUCCUGAUUAAACUUUAGAUUUUGUCUUGAUUUAACUUUAGUUUGAAUAUUUUUUGUUGUUUCUAAGUUGUAUGUCAAAAAGAUCUAGUCAUUUUGCAGAUUUUAAAUGUUGAAUAGAUUUGUUUAAAAUGUAUAUGUAGAUAGGAUGUGUAAAGUUGUGUGUGUUGUGAUUGACAUUGUUGUUGUACUAUUCACAGAAACAAACCCGGUAUAUGUCAUUUCCACCAUGAUCAUCAAACAUACGCCAGUGAAUGUUGUAAACUUGUUUUACAUCAAAAUAUAGAUUUGCAAACUAACACCAAUUUUUACCCUAAUAGUUCUAUUACUUUUAUUCAUUGUUAGAAGGCUGUUUUGAAAAUAUUAUAAAAUCAUUUUUUUCUUCUUAAUUUUUAAAGGAAAUGGUGCCGUUGUUAAAUAUAUAUGAAAAAUCUAGAGAGAUUCAUUUCCAACCAAAUUUCAAUUACUUAUAUCUCAAAAAAGGACACUGACCUCCUGUUUUUUAUUUAAGUUUAGUAUGUUAUUUAUAUUCUAUCAAUUUAUAGCAGUUUAUUUUAGAACAGAGUUGUGAACGUCUAAAGGUUCAAAUAUAGACACAAGUAUCAAACUUGUAUGCAGGUUGUUAUUAAAAUGCCACCAAUUGCUUUUAAUGACUUCAUUUGUACAUAAGGGUAAAAAGUGUUUCAAAUUAUUUAUUGUAAUGUCCUAUGUAAUGUAAUUGUCUCAAGAAAAAAAAUUUGCUUUGGUGCGAUGUUUAAGAUGCGGCUUCUUUAAAUAUACUUAAUCCAGAUAGUAUUUCUGUGAAAGACAUACAUACAUGUUAUUACCUUUUGAAAAGGAAGAUCUCCCCAGGAUUUUGUUAUGUGGGAGCACAUUGUUACGCGCUAGAGAAAUUAUGUUUUGAUUGUUGUAAAGUUAUUUAUAAUACAAUUAAUGUAAACAGAUCAUAGAUAAAAAAAAAUGUAUUGUAAUACAUUUACUGUAUUUAAUUUUUAAUUGUUUAUACUUCAUGUUUUGUAAAAAUAUUUUCUGUCAUUUUUAUAGACCCGAUAUAGGGAUCAGUUGUAUAUCCUUUUCCUUAUAAAUUAUACAAAAUUAGCCAUAAAAAUAUACUAUUGAAUGCAGCAAUGUAAUCUAAAAAUUGAUGGUUGUGCUUUUAUAUCAAUUUAUAUCAAAUUUACUUCCUUGUCUGCUGGAGGACUAUAUUUAGAUUUUACUGAUCAUUGUGUUAAUUAUUUAUGAAAAUAGUCUUGAGAAAAGUAAAUAACACUUAUGAGACAUGCUCUCUUUUUAGAUGAACAUGAAUUGGUCCUGAUUAAUUGACAUAUAAAGGAAUAAAUGACUUGCAUGACCCCAUGAACAGUGUAACCCUAUAUUACCUGAUAACAGUAUUUAUUAUGGUCUCACUGUAUUUAAGAUUUAUUUACAGAAUUGGUCAAAUAUUAAAAUAAUCCUGAUCACCAUUAAUUUAAAACAGACUGUUAAUAAAACUUUUAUAUAAGUAACAUACAUGUGUUGAUGCACAAGUAAGUUGGAAUUUCUUUUUCUGACAUUUCAUUUCUGAAAGUAUGAAAUGUCUCUCUGCUUGUGACAGAAAUGACAAAUUCUCACUUUUAUAAAUUUCAAAUAAUAAAAAUAGUUGUAGCAUACCUUGUGUAAUAAGUCAAUGUUAUGGUAGCUAUAUAUAGUACUAUUGAUACUCAUAGAACACAAACUUUUAGUGGGCAUGAAGAAGAUGAGAAAUUAUGACUGUUAAAGUCGAGUUCAUGAGUCCAAAUAACCCGCCUUGGAAAUUCCGGGCUAUAUGCCUGCAUAAGAUGUAUUGACCCUGUACUUAUAAUUUGUUUUAAACAACACUGACUGUUUGAAGUAGAUUUAUCCUUGCUGUUCUGAAAUCUAAAAUUAGUGCAGUAUUUUUGAUGUAUUAAGUUUACUAUUCUAUGAUCUAAUUGUGUUGAUUUUAUUUGUCCAUUCCUGUCCAAAAUAAAAUACAUGGAUAGUUUUA